CAUACCAAAAUUAGAAGGUGACUCUAAAAAUAUAUGUCAAAUACUCUACUUUUCCAGUAUCUCACCCCACUCCACUACUUGUAUAAAUCCCCAUCUCUUUCUCUCCAUUAAUUCCACCUACCACUACUUUGCCACUUCCUUACUUUUAUUUUUGCUUGCUACUUGCUACCUAUAGUAUAGGCUAGUAUUCACUUCCCAUUCCUAUAUACAUUCUUUAUUUGUAACCUCAGGCCAAAUCUUUAUUCUUUCAUUCCCUCCUUCCAUAGUUUUGCUAUUUGUAACCACUAUUUAGGUGGAGGUGCACGAUGAGAAACAUGGCAAGCUCACGAGGUAAUAUUGCAGCCAUAGUUGGCGUCGGCCCUAAUCUCGGCCUCUCCAUCGCUCGCAAGUUUGCUCAUGAAGGUUACACCGUCGCCAUCCUCGCCCGUGACUUAGGGAGGUUAUCAAGAUUUGCGGAUGAAAUAGCAAGGGAAGAAAAGGCACAAGUGUUUGCUAUAAGAAUUGAUUGUUCAGAUUCAAGAAGUGUAAGAGAAGCAUUUGAAGGUGUACUUUCACUUGGAUUUGUUGAAGUUCUUGUUUAUAAUGCUAAUUAUGAGUCACCUCUUCAAUCCAAACCAACUCCUUUUCAACAUCUCCCAAUCCAAACUUUCCAAACUUCCCUAGCUGUUUCAUCCCUCGGUGCCUUCAACUGCGCUCAACAGGUGCUGCCGGGAAUGGUUGAAAGAGGAAAGGGAACAAUUCUAUUCACUGGUUGCUCUGCUUCUUUAAAUGGCAUUGCUGGAUACUCUGAACUAUGCUGUGGGAAAUUCGCUUUGAGAGCACUAUCACAAUGCCUUGCUAGAGAAUUUCAGCCUCAAGGAGUGCAUGUAGCUCAUAUUAUUAUCGAUGGUUUUAUUGGCCCACCAAGAGGAUCAUCGGCAACAACGACGUCGUCACGAGGAGGAGGAAGUGGUGGUGAGAGUGUUAUGGACCCGGAUGCAUUGGCUCAAACAUAUUGGCAUAUACACGUUCAGGACCGGAAUGCAUGGACCCAAGAAAUGGAUGUUCGUUCAUCGAACUUCUAGUAGCAACUAGCAACAACUACUUUGUCUAAUCUUCCCCACCAAUCCGUAAUUUGUGUCGCUACAUUAUUUUCAUGCCUCUCUUUUGCCGUCAAUCAUGUCGUUGUUGAUGUCAGAGCAUGAACCAUGAAUUAAUUCAUGAUUGGCUAGUGUGCUAUACUCUUUGUGAUUUUGUGUGUACAAAAAUUAAUUACACGUUACUAUUAUUGUUUUUCUCAAGUAAUUAUUGUUAUCAUUAUAGAAAGGAAAAAAAAAACAUGAUCCAUUUAAGCAUCUUGAUGCUUAGAACUUGUGUUGUUUAUUGGGUCUACUAUUACAAUAGAUAAUAUUGUUGUUUGUAAGAGAAGAGUGUAUUGAAUUUUCCAUGUUGCAUCAAAAUAAUUCCUAUGAACAGUUUCUUACAUAAGUUAAAUGCAUCCAAACUAUUUAUGAUUA